AUGCCGGAAACAGUGAAGACCUGGCAGUACUCUGCCGUCAACGGCAACCUCGAGGACUACCUCGCCCUCAACAAGGACGCGCCUGUACCGAACAUCUCCUCCCUUCGCCAUGACGAGCUCCUUAUCGAAGUCAUCAGCGCAUCGCUCAACCCCGCCGACUACAAGGUCCCCGCGACGCCUCUCAUCGGCCGCCUGCUGAUAUCCCGCCCUGCGACCCCAGGGAUGGACUUUUGUGGCCGCGUCGUCGGCACACACCCGUCGAACACCUCGUUCAAAGAGGGUCAGCUCGUUUUUGGCGGCUAUGCCAUGAUCAACCAGAGGGGCGCUCUCAGCCAGUACACCGUUAUCCCCAUGGCCAAUGUCGCGCCUCUGCCAGAGGGAGUCGACCCGGACCACGCGGCGGCGGUGGGCACUGCCGCUACGACCGCAUACCAGUCCCUCAUGCCCGACACGCUUCAGCCCGGCGCGAAGGUCUUCAUCAACGGUGGAAGUGGAGGGACGGGGACCUGGGGCAUCCAGAUUGCCAAAGCCCUAGGCGCAGAGGUCGUCACGACGUGCUCCACUGGAAAUAUUGAGCUUUGCAAACAGCUCGGCGCCAAUGAAGUCAUCGAUUACAAGACGCACGACGUUGUGGCGAAUUUGAAGGCCCGAGGUACUGUCUUUGAUCUCGUUAUCGACAACAUGGGCAGCACCACGGAGCUUUACGACCAGAGCAACCAUUACCUGAAGGCCGGGGGAGAAUUCGUCUUGGUCGGCGUUGGCGCAGACUUGUCGCUUUCUGGUAUUUUUUCGAAUCUGAGCAGGCAAAUGCGCCCGGCGAUUAUGGGGUGUAGAGGGUUUUACUUCGUUCAACAGAAGAAUGACAGCGAAUUCUUUGGUCGGAUUGGUGAAUGGAUGGCGGAGGGCGAGGCGAGAGCUGUUAUUGACUCGACAUUUUCGUUUGAGGACGUGCCUAAGGCCUACAAGAAGCUUCGAGAGGGGAGAGCCCGUGGGAAGAUUAUCGUUCAUGUUGGAAACAGACAAUAG